UUCUGGUGACGUCAGACGCCGCGGCGCGAGCCGAGGGCGGCCGGGUCGUUUCUCUGCUGGAGAGUGUUAGGCCCGGUGCUGGGGCUUGGCGGCGGGGCUGAGGGCGGCAACGCGCCGCUCACACUCAUGAGGAGCCGGAAGCUGGCAGGUGGAGUGCGGUCCUCGGCGCGCCUCCGAGCCCGGAGCUGCUUGGCCACAUCGGCCUCGGCCCAGGAAGCCCACGUCGCCACGUCUGCCCGGACGGCAUGUCAGCCUUCCUCAUCACAAAAAGCCACCGACAGGCGCACGUCCAAGAAGUUCAAGUACGACAAAGGUCAUCUUGUGAAGUCAGAAUUCCAGAAACCCAUCCCCCAGAGCGACGGCACUGCUGCGCCCACAGCGACCCCCGAGACCCCAGGUCAACGCGAGCCUCUGGCAUCGGCCGAGGACAGGGCCAGGCUUCCGGGAAAGGAAGCCAGUGGCUCCGCUCCUCAGGGGACCGCAGGACUCCCCCAGGGGCACUGUGGAGCCAUGAGUGACGCCUGCCCGGUAGAGACUGAGGACAGGCCGCCCCCGCCGAGAUGCGGGGCCCCUGCGGGAGGAGAGUCCGACAGUGGCUGCCCCGAGAGGGACGGGGCGGCGGCGGACCUGGAGCAGAGCCACACGCCUCCACUGCAGAUGGACAACAGCGUCCUUCUCGACGACGACAGCAACCAGCCGAUGCCAGUGAGCCGCUUCUUCGGAAAUGUCGAGCUCAUGCAGGACCUCCCGCCAGCAUCGUCAUCCUGCCCUUCGAUGAGCAGACGCGAAUUCAGGAAAAUGCAUUUCAGAGCCAAAGACGACGAUGACGACGAUGCCGACGGUGCAGAAACAUAGAGGGUGAGACGCACACACUGAUCCUCUGCACGUUCAGUACCGCUGACUGCUUCCCAGCUCAGCACAUUAGUGAUUUAUACCAAACCUAUCUCCAAGAGUCCACGCUUCUAAUCAGAAUUCAGAACUGACCCACAAAGGUCAGCAGCACAGAACGCCACGUACCCGCGGGGAGAUUGGCACGCGUGGACUAAGAGACCUCUGCGUGCACAGCUGUUUCCGCAGUGAUGCGUCUUCUCCCACCUGUACCCACGGGGUGGCCCCAGCUAACUUCUCUUGUCAACGAGAGACCUCUGUAAGGGAGACUCUUAAGCUUAGCUUUGAUACGUGCACGUUUGCUUUCCGUAAUCAAUUUGAUCAUUCUUGUGACUGAUUCAAUCCCAGUUCUUAAAGAACUCUCCUUUAUUUCUGUAUGUGAAGCUCAUGUGUACCUUGGACAUUCAGCAAAAUCCAUAUGGAAAAGAAAUAAAAUAUAUUUUGAAAAUAUUUUUAAAGAA